CCACCUAACAGCUAUUUAAACGGAAACAUGUGCACAUAGAGUUUAGACCACAUGGGUCCUGGAUUUUCACUCAUUGAAUUGCGACAAUUGACACAAGUGGCUUCAGUUCCCAAGCUCACCGAUAGAGAGAGAGAGAUCGUGUUCUUCUUCCGGAAUGGAUGUCAGAAACUGGUGCAAUUCCGGCCGCGAGACAAUCAGGUUAGGCGGAAGCGACGACGAUGACCACAACAACCGUUCACUGAAUUCUCCCUCCUGUUUUAAAUCAAUCGGACAGCAGAGAUGGAAACUGCUGUGGAUGAAGUUCAAGAAAGAGAAGAAGAAGUUUUUUGAGUCUCCGGAAACGCCAUCACCUCAUGUUCCCUAUGAUGCAUAUACAUACUCUCAGAAUUUCGAUUACGGCUGUGCACGGAACGAACCUGAGAACCUCUCUCGAUCUUUCUCUGCAAGGUUCGCAGUUCCUUCCAGAGUCUUCUAGUACUAUAUAUAUGUACAUAUAUCUUAUAAAUUGACAUCUUUUUUUUUUAGUUAUAUUUGUGAGAAGAAAAUGAUUUCUCCACUACUCCAUAUGUAAAUUGUCAGUUGUUCCUUGAAGCAGACUUAGAGAAUUUGCUAUUUUCAAGAAAAAGAAGCAAAUUUCUUAAAUUAUUUGUGUAAAUUAUAAAUCUGGUCAUUGUUCCUUUUGGGAAUCUAUCAAAAACGCUUUUGUUUAUUACUUGAAUGGAGGGGCCAGGAUGACAACCAUGUUAUGGUGUUGAGGAAAUGCCAAAAAUGAAGUCACUUUCAGUUAUGUAUAUGUCCUUAUCUUUUAAAGAAGCAAGAAACAUUUAACAGCUAUAUUUUAGAAGGAAAAACUAUUAGCUUCCAGUCUCUAUAUUUUUUUUUCUAAGCCUACAGCUACCAACAUUACUGUUGCUGACUUGAUUUUUUUGAUGACUUGUUAUGACAUUAUGAUGACAUUAUGAUGAAUUUUCGGAUAAAAGCAUCAGUAAUCU